AUGAAUAAGACUGCUGUAACGAUUCAGAUAAGUGAUACCAUGCAAGUGAUUUGGUGCGUACUUUUAGGCAUAGAAAGUUCUUUGAUAAUUACUUCUAACAUUAUAGCUAUUGCUAUUUUUCUGAAGAAACAGUUUCUCAUCUCCAAUUCGUGCUACUUAAUCAUUAAUCUGACAGUUGCUGAUGUUCUUGUUGGCGUUUCUGUCUUUCUUUCUUUGAUGGAGAUUUGGAACGACAAAGAAAACCUGUUCAUUACCUGUAGAGAAAACCUUCUAAAUGAGAUCUCGAGCAACUUCUCGAAUUUUACGCUUUUAGCUUCGCUGACUUCCCUAGCGAUGAUGGCUUUUGAAAGGGCUUUAUCAAUCGUUGUACCACUCAAAUUUCGCCUUGUGUACAGCAGACAUUACUUUUAUGCAAUGUCAUGCUCGUGGGGAUUAUCUUUUUUGAUAUUUCUGCGACAUUUGUCUUGUUCCAGUGAGGCUAUUAAUUUUUACAUGACUUUUGUCACAUUAAUAUCGGUCUUGAUGAUUAUCAUCUCAUACGCUACGAUAGUAUUGAAGAGAGUCUUUUUUCCGGACAUCGACAUUAGUAUUGCCAUGAAAAACAAUUUGAAACUAACCAAAACUUUGAUGUUGACAACCUUGGUGGCAGUUGUUACAUGGGUACCAUCUUUUAUCAUGUUGAAUAUGACAGGGARAGGUUACUUCUCUCACAACACGGGUGUGGUGUUCGUGUUGMUAGUAUACAGCAACUCGUUUGCAAAUCUAUUAGUGUACACAAUUCGCAUGCGACAGUUUCGUCGAGAAUUAUUCAAGAUAAUWAGGUGCAAGAAAACCAAUAAAGUGGGUACUCUACAAACUUCUACCGAAAUUCGAACAGCAAGGACAAACAUCCAAGAUUUUGAAAAGAGGUCAACUGCAAACAAGAUACGGCAAAAUGUAACUCAAGGUGGCCCUAAUAUAGCUUAGU